CCCCCCUUCCCUUCCCCCUUUCUGGACGACUGUACUGAGGAAUGAUGAAAAAAACCAAUUCCACCAAACGGGGCCCCCAGGAUGGGAACCAACAACCUGCACAGCCCGAGAAAGUAGGCUGGGUCCGAAAAUUCUGCGGGAAAGGCAUUUUCCGGGAAAUCUGGAAAAACCGCUACGUGGUCCUGAAAGGAGAUCAGCUGUACAUCUCGGAGAAGGAGGUAAAAGACGAAAAAAACAUCCAGGAAGUGUUUGACUUGAAUGAUUAUGAGAAGUGCGAAGAGCUCAGGAAAUCCAAAAGCAGAAGCAAAAAGAACUACAGCAAGUUCUCGCUCACCCACUCCAAGGAGCCUGGAAACACAGCCCCUAACCUUGUCUUCCUGGCUGUAAGUCCUGAAGAGAAAGAGUCUUGGAUCAAUGCGCUCAACUCUGCAAUAACCCGGGCCAAAAACCGCAUCUUAGAUGAGGUUACCGUAGAGGAGGAAAGCUACCUUGCCCAUCCGACACGCGACCGAGCCAAGAUCCAGCACUCCAGGCGACCGCCAACAAGAGGGCACUUGAUGGCUGUGGCAUCUACCUCAACGUCUGAUGGGAUGCUGACACUUGACUUGAUCCAGGAGGAGGAUGCCUGUCCAGAAGACCAUGGCACCUGUGAAGAGAGCUUCCGGGUGGACCUGGAUAAAUCAGUAGCCCACCUCACCGCCGGGCGAAGGCGUUCAGAUUCGGAGAAUGUCAAACCGCCGGAGAAGAGCUGGACGAACAGCCUCCCGCGGCGGGAGGUCACAUCUUGGGAUAAAUUCUCACAGCGCAACGACUCCUUUGACAAAGGGACCAUGUAUACUCCUCAGGUUCCAAAGAAGCUCUCCCACUCGGAAAAGAACAAGUGUGCCUCCAUGGAGGAGAUCCUGUCUUGUCGGGACUCUUCUUCAGCGCACCGGGCAGUGCUGAGGAAAGGCCUGGAGGAUCAGUUUGCCUCAGCUGAACCGGAGCAGCUCACCCGGAUACAGGAACUUGUUGCGUUGAAACUUGAAAAGACACAGGAACUGCUAACAGAGGUGAGGGGCUACGGGGAAGGGAAGCGAAAGACAAAGGAGCCUAGCCCCACCGCCGCCACCACCGCCACCACCUCCCCUUCCUCCUCGUCUUCCUCCAAGUUGGACUCGGAGGCCAUCUUGCAGGAGACGGAGAGGCUGCUGGGAGAAGCUUCCUCCCAAUGGAGCCAGGCACAGAAAGUGCUGCAGGAGGUCAAAGAACUAAGGAGCCUCUACAAACAGUUUGAACUGCAGCUCUCCGAGCCUAAAUCCAAACAGAACACGCAAUCUCAGUACAGGAAAAGUAUGAUGUGACGCUCUAGGCGGGAAAGGCAGGGCACAGGGCAGCUAGGACGAGGGUCCAGGAGUGGGUGUGUAUAUGUGUGUGUGUGUUUUUUAAUUUACAGUGUUUGGUGCAUACGAGGUGCCUGUGGUCAUCCAUUCCUUCCUCCUCACAAGCUCAAUUUCCCUCCCACUUGUUUCUCCACUAAGUCCCCGCUCCAUCCUUAG